CGGCCCGCCCACUGCAGUGUACGCGCACACACGAAUGAUCGUCGUUCCCGGUCGUUCCACACCUAGCGCGCCAAUUUCUCGUCGUGUUUAUGUUAUUUUUGUUUUUUUUCUCUAGUUUUCACGACUUCACGUAUCAUUCGCGCUAGUCGACACGAACGCCGGUAAUUGCUCGCAAAGCGUUUUGGGCUCGUUGCGACGUGAAUAAAUACCGUUGAGGUGCUUCAGUCGAUCCUGUGACGACGUAUACCGCGUAAAAUAUCUCCGUCGGCCACUAUCUAGUAUUUCAUUUCAUCGUAUUGUUGUUAUUGUAAUUAUUAUCGGCGUUCUACCCCGUAAUCACCAACCCCCACACAGCCGCCGCCGCCACCGACUACGCUGGACUUUACCACGACCACAGAGGGAACUGAUAGAGAAUCAUCACGGCGGCCGAGAUAGCGUACCGGUUUACUACGCACGGACACGUUAACGACAUACAGAUAUAUCAAUUAAACAAACACCAUGGAUCUUGGAACAUUAGAUAGUCUUACUUUCUAUCAAGACUGUAUAGACUUUGACAUGAAAAGUGAUUAUGAUCGUGUGUUAUCAAAUAGUAGUUUCAACUAUGAUGAUUCAUUGUCGUUGAAUGAUGACAACAUGAUGUCUAUGAUGGAUCCGCUCAAUUCUGGAUUAUGGCUCAAUUCUGAUUCAGAUUAUCACCAUCAUCUAGACUUCAUGGAAGGCGAUUUAGAAUCGGCUAUCAUGGUUAACCCUAAUUCUGUAAUACCAUCAUCUGCAGCAGCUGCAGAAAUCAAACUUAAAGAAGAACCAGUUGAUCCAAUUGAACCAAUUUUACCAAAAACUACCGUGCCUUUUAUUAUUAAAAAAGAGUCAGUGGAUCCUCAAGAACCUAUGUUUAAGUUCCCCGAAAUUAUUCCAGAUUGUAUAAAUAUAAAAUCUGAGAAAUUGCCAUUAGAAAUAACCAAAGUGGAAGAACUCAAACCUAUAACAAAAGCUAUUAGGCUAUCUGAUUUGUUGAGUCAAACAUCAAGUACUGGACACCAGAAGACUGAAUUAAUGACUGUACGUGUAACAAUGCCAUCAGCCUUGCCCACCCUAAAGACAACUGUAACUACUAGGACAGUUCCUAUUUCUUUUGUUAACAAUACCUUUCCUGGGCAUUACAAAAUUGUUAGGCCUAAGCAACAAAUAAAACCGAUUCAAUCAAGAAUCAAUGGGAACAAAACUAAUGAAAAUAUGGGCCUUUAUCCAAGACCUACUUAUUCCUACUCAUGCUUAAUUGCAAUGGCAUUAAAAAACUCAAGCUCUGGAUCUUUACCUGUUUCAGAAAUUUACAAUUUUAUGUGCAAACAUUUUCCGUAUUUUAAGACUGCCAGUAGUGGAUGGAAAAACUCUGUUCGUCACAACCUUAGUUUGAAUAAGUGUUUUGAAAAGAUUGAAAAACCAAUUGGUAGUACAGGUGCACCAAGGAAAGGAUGUUUGUGGACGAUGAAUCCAAGCAAAAUAUCAAAAAUGGAUGAUGAGAUGCAAAAGUGGUCGCGUAAGGAUCCUUCUGCUAUUAGGAGAUCAAUGCUCAACCCUGAACAUUUGGAUUUACUUGAACGUGGUGAGAUGAAUGAAUGUUAUGAUCGGCGUGACAGUUAUUACUUUGAUGAUGAAGAAGAGGAGGAAGAAGAAAUAAUCAGCCGAGAAAUGACAUCAGAAGAAGACGACAGAAUCAGUGAUGUUGAAGAAGAAUCUGAUAAUGAGUCAAGGGUUGAUAAGGAUGAUUCGCCAUAUCAGCUAAUAACAUUUGGCUUAGAUGAUUUAGCUAACCUUAAUGACCUCGGCAAUGAUAUUGAUGAUGAUGAAGAAAUUGAAGAGAGUUCAAAUGAUGGCAGUUUCGGCAUAGAAGCUUCAGAGUACAAAACAAACUUUGACGAUUUGAUAUCUGUUCAAGAUAUGCCUAUGACAUAUGUAGUUCAGCCCCAAAAUAAGACUGUAAUCAAUAAUAAACGGCCGUAUCAACAACCUUUAUACAAGGGUAGUUAUGUGUUGACUAAAAAUGUUACAUCAAGUGUACAAAGCCCAAAGCGAAAAUUCAUCAGUAGGCCUGUAUCAAUAUUAAGAAAUUUUUAAUAUGAAUACUUGAUGUAAUACAAGAAUAACGUGUGGGUCUCGAUUAAUUGCAAUAUUGGUAAAAUGCAUAAUUUGCUGGUAUCCCUAAUUAAUAUUUUACUCGUGUUAAUAUAAUUUUGGUACCUUUGAGUCUGAAAAGUCAAAUUAUAAUGAAUUACAUAUCAUGCGUGUUAUGUAAUAUAAAUUGAUACCAUUUUAUUUUAUGAUGAUUUUUGUGAUUAUUGCUAACAGUAAAAACCAUGUAUAUACUUUUUAUUUGUAUGUGUACUGUAUAUAGAAUUUUAGACUGCUAAAUUUAGUUCCCAAUAGUCAAUUACUAGCAAUUACUUCUUUAACAUCUUUAUUUUAAUUCAUAAUAUAAAUUUUCAAAGAAAUAGAACUACUGUGCUUAUAUUUUUCCAAGGAAGUUUAAAAAUCAUAUUCAAUUAAUGUAUAUAAUAAUGAAGACAAGUUAAACUUAUUUCUUCAUAAAAAAAUAAUAA